CUCGUUCAAAUAGAGACAAAUAAUUAAUUUUGGGAUUGUGUGGCUAACUACAAUUAGUAGAGUUGUCGCAUUUAUUUUCUCUAGGUGCUGUCGCCAUUUGAAAUCAGGACACUGUAAUGUAUGAUGCGGCUUAACAACAGUGAGUCUACGUAGUCAACAGACGAAAAAGAUGACAACGAGUGAAGAUAUAACAAGAGGCCAUGAACUUUAUUUGAGACACAUUUUGCUAUUAGGACAAGCUGCACCUGUACCCUUAAAGGCCAUUCUAGAAAGAGAAGUCAGUAAGCGCGGUAAAAGACUUGCCGAUCUAUUAGCUGAGCGCAAAGACACAUUCAACACGUAUCACAAUGCAGAAUUUCGUCAGUUGUUUAAAGAUGAAGAGGUCAAUACAGACUUUGAUUCUUGGGACACACUCGUGCUUUGUGUCGUAGUACUGGUACUUUUUGAUUCAUACUUAGUUAAUGUUGAGGUUGAAGCAAUAAAGAUCAUAAAACAUCAAAGGAAUGAAUUAGAAAAGUUUGCCCACUCUGCUUCGAUCACAUACAAAACGUUUGAGGAAAAAUUUGGUCCGUUACAUUCGGCAUUGCUAGAACUCAACAAAGGAAUCCAUGACGAGAUGAAAUUCGAAUGCACACGAAUGAUUUAUUCGUUUAAAUCAGAAGAUAUUCGAGUUAAUUUAGAUCUAAUUAAACGAAUAAAACAGACACACGAUGUCAAAUUGCACCUUCAGAUGGUCAUACAAGACAAAAUUGCUCCAAGGAUACACGGCGACAUUGACCAAACAUGCGACAAAGACGACAAUGGAAAACCAUUGGAAAUAAGAAAGUCGUUGCAUGUAGCUUCAGCGGAAGCAGAUAUCAGAGAGAAUAUGGAUAUUGUUUUAACUUGCGAGGUCAACCGACAUACGAAUAAAGCUGUCUGGCGACAUAAUGGCCACAUAAUUGAAGAACACACUAAACGUGUUGUUUCCACAGAUGACCUAGAACACAGACUGACGAUCCGGAAUGCAAAGUUUGAGGAUGAGGGUGAUUACACAGUUUACAUUGGUGGUGUCACAUCAAGUGUAAACUUGAGUAUUAAAGGACAACCAGUGACGAUAAUCGAGAACUUACACGUAACAACAGUUGAAUCUGACAAAACAAUGCAUGAUGAUAUUGUUCUACUUUGUACGGUCGACCAACCUACAAAUAAUCCUGUUUGGCGACAUAACAACAAAGAAAUCAAACCAAGUGAUAGACUUCUUGUGUCAGUGGAGGAACUAGAACAUAGAUUGACGAUCCGUGAUGCAACGUUAGAAGAUGAAGGUGAUUACACUGUUGACUUUGGUGUUGCGAAAUCAAGCACAAGUCUAUUAUUUAAAGAAAAUCCAGUAUUCACGAAAAGACUUCAAGACACGUUUGUUUAUGUCGGCGAACCAGCAAUUAUUGCAUGUAAACUUAACGUUUCUGGUAGAGCAGUAACAUGGCGACAUGACUACCAGCCGGUAGAAGAAACCGAUAAUUUAACACUUGUUGCAAAUAACUGUUCUCACUGGUUAGCAAUUCUGAAUACAAAGUUGACAGACAGUGGAUAUUACUCUUGCGUGUGUGGCUUAGAAUCAACAAAGGCUUGCCUCAAAGUUUCAGAAAGGCCUUUGCUGAUAACCGAGGAAUUGCAUGUGGCUACAACAGACGCAGAUGUCAGAGAGAAUAUGGAUAUUGUUCUAAUAUGUGCGGUCAACCUACAUACAAAUGAAGUGUUAUGGCAACAUAAUGGCACAGACAUUACACAAGGUAUAAAACAUCUCGUCACAGUGCAGGGGCUAGAACACAAGCUUACAAUUAGGAAUGCAAAGUUUGAGGAUGAUGGUGAUUACACAGUUGCCUUUGUUGAGAAAAAGUCAAGUACAAACUUGACAAUAAAAGGCACCGUUAGUCUUUUACACAAGAAACAACUGACAGAAGAUAUGUUCAAAAACUGGAUAAGAGGUGCUCUUGGUAUAAAAUAUUUGAAACUGGGCAUACAGGAGUUUGCUGAAAAUUCCGUACAAUCUCAUCACUUUGAAAUUAUGAAGCAGCUUCCGUCUGUUGGAAAUGUAUGUACAAACUGUACAGAAGAUGUUCUUCUCCCGUCACACACACAGGGACAAUGCCCAAGGAAAUCAAAGUGUCUGUGUUCUAAACAGCGAAAAAACAGGAGGGUUUGUCAAAGCCAAAGAUUUUGUAGUAAGUUUUAUGAUAAGAUACUUUUUGAUCAUCGAUUCUUCGAUUUAACGCUUACGAACACAGAUAUACAAUCGUGGGGCACCGAUCCUUGGAGUGUUGCUACAUGCUAUAUCAAUACUACUGGUUACAGAGGCAAGCUGUCAGCGAAAGAAGUUGACUGUUCGGGGCUAUUGAGUUUGUUGAUCAACAACACUUUUAUCCAUAGAAGUCUUGGUGACGUCGAAAUAAAUGGAGAAACAGACCUAUUUAGACAGGCGAGGGACGCACGCAAUGAUAUACUUCACAAUGCUAACUAUGAGUUAUCAGAGGGUCAAUUGCAAUGCUAUAUUGAUUUGUUCAAAGCCGUAUUGGAAAUUAAAGAUGCCAAAGGCGGAGCCCCACUUUCCGGACAACCAGGUGCUCAAGACGCCAUUGGUUAUCUGAAUGAGUUACAACUCAAACAGAUCGAUAUACGUAUAUCCCAAGAUUUUCAAAAGCAAAUACAAGAUAUAAAAGAACAUGCAAGGGAUGAAUUAGCGGAGAAGAUAGAGGAAGCCGAGAAGCAGAAUUAUAUGAAAGUUCAAGAGUUAGAGCAACAAUUGAAAAUGACAGAGAAAGACCUUCAGCUGAUGCGUGAUCUAAGGUCGACACCGGCAAAAAAUAAACCUAAAGAUCCUUUCAAACUAGAGCUACAUAUACAAGUUAACGGACCAACAGGUGAGACAAGCACAGAAGGGAAUCGACGUAUUUAUCAAACCAUGAAAAAAUACGUAGAGAGAAUAGAAACGCCAAUUAAUGCUACUGAUGAAUCGGUUUACCGCCUGCUUCGUUACAUUAGUAGACUUAAAGGCUGUAAGACUGGUGAUGAUUUGAAAAUAGAGAAAUCUGCCUACAUCAAAAUCCACUGUUUAACUUGUGAGGCAAUUGAAAGGUUUCUCAAGUUAAUCAAUGGAAACGAGUUUCAGGAAGAAGUAGUUGCUCUACGUAAAUGCUUAGAGAGGGAGGAACACAUAAAAAUACAUAAUGUGAUGGUGUGCUGUUCAUCGGAAAGCAUAGAAAAUACAAGAAAGCGUCUGUAUGACCGUGGUCCACCCCGAGGCUUCACUUGUAGUAAUCAUAAAGGUACGCAGUGUACGUGGUAUUGUUCUGACCAUGACAUAUUUUGCUGCUCGACGUGUAAGGAUUUAGGUCACAG